GAGGAGGGGGGAGGGGUGCGAGAGGUAAACUAUAUCUAUGCAAUCCCGUGUCCCACUGGGCCGCGGUAGGUUCCACGCAGUGGUUCUAGUUCUUUUUACAGUGUUAAUACUAAACCGCGACAUUGCAGCCAUUCGGGAAAUGCCGCACUAGAAUCAGCCCAAGGAGUCCGAAGGGCGCAGAGAGGGAAAACAAAAAAACAAACGAUAAAAAACAAGACGCUGUGGGAGCUUUCUUUGCGACAUGCUUUUUACCUUGUACGAGUCGUUCGCGUGGCAGAACAAAGGUUAGAAACUGGGCUGCAAUGCUUUCCCAAAUUAGAGAAAAACUGAACACGCUAACUGACAAUGAACAAUUAUUUCGAUUGAAAAGAAUGGGUAAAUUCCCUCAUUUCAAUCCACUUCUUCGUGAUUUGGCUCUGUAAAUCACUAUCCGUGAGAACUUAAAGUGCUACUACGAUCAAAUUUGGGAAUUUGUUUUUGAUUACAUAUUUCGAAAAUGUAUGUAAAAGUGACUUACCGUGCCAAGUUUGGAGUCCAAAUAUGAUCUGGAAGUGUGUUUAUUUGCACGGCUGAUAAAUCGUUUAUUAAAAAAAGAAACACCUCGCAGUCCGAAGACUGAAUUACGUGUAUAAUAUACAAGUUAUAGUUAAAAUGGAUUUAAAAAACUAUAAAAAAUGUACAAAUCUAACAAAAACAUUUCACUUAGGAUAACCUUGUGUUAGUAAAAUAUACAUAUUUAAACAAAUUUAUUUACAUUCUUAGGCUAUGGCUAACGAUAAGAUUUUUUAAGACGAUCAGUCUUGCACACUGGCACGUUAAACUUUCUAGUCUAGAGUGACUCAAGUGCAACAUAAAAUAAAAGAAUUUGAUCGGCGGCUUGAUAUUCCGCAGAAACGUUUAGAGUUUCGUUAACUCCACAAUAAAGAACGACUCGCAAUUAGUUGAGGCAGGAGAACAUAAACGGCUUUUAUAUUCUCUUGGCGGUUAGGGUUAUUUCUAAGAAUUUAACCGCCCUUGAAAGGUAAAAAACAUAUUUUUUCCCUUCUAGGUAUGAUUAUUUGAGGAUUGUAGAUGAUAACAACAGAAUACUUGGUACAUAUUGUGGGCGCGAACUUAGUGGGGAGGUAGUUUUGGUAAAUGGAAACUAUGCAUUAAUAACAUUCAGCUCUGAUGGUUCUGAUCAAUACCAGGGAUUCCAGCUCACGAUAUUAUUUACUGAAAAUGGUAUGUUCAAAUAA